AUAGAUCUAUAAUAAUUGGACUAUUGGAGAGGGAGAGAGAGAGUGUGGGAGUUGCGGCGGCUCGCACUGCAACUAAAUAAAAAGCUGAUUCAUCCAUUCAUCUUCACUUUACCAAUCUCUCUCAAUGGCUUCUUCUUCCUCAACCCUCUUUCAAUCCUCCUCGUUUUUUUCCGGCGGUUUUCCACUGCCACCUCCCCAACGCAAACGUAAAACCCAUUUCCACCCAAUCAAAGCCCAAUCUCAACAACAAAACACCGCCACCAACAACAACUCACCGCCACAACCACCACCACCUUCCUCCUCCAACAUCCGCGACGAAGCUCGCCGCAAGAAAAUCUCCACCGGCGACCGCCACCUCUUCUCCGCCAAAUACGUCCCCUUCAACGCCGACCCAUCCUCCACCGAAUCCUACUCCCUCGACGAGGUCGUCUACCGCUCCCAAUCCGGCGGCCUCCUCGACGUCCAGCACGACAUCGCCGCCCUCAAAGCCUUCGACGGCGAACACUGGCGCAACCUCUUCGACUCCCGCGUCGGUAAAACCACCUGGCCCUACGGCUCCGGCGUCUGGAGCAAGAAGGAGUGGGUCCUCCCUGAGAUCGACGACGACGACAUCGUCUCCGCCUUCGAAGGUAACUCCAACCUCUUCUGGGCUGAACGAUUCGGCAAACGCUUCGUCGACAUGAACGAUCUCUGGGUCAAGCACUGCGGAAUCAGCCACACCGGAAGCUUCAAGGAUCUGGGCAUGACGGUUCUCGUCAGCCAGGUUAACCGCCUGAGAAAAAUGAACCGCCCUGUAAUCGGCGUUGGAUGCGCCUCCACCGGCGACACCUCGGCUGCCCUCUCAGCCUACUGCGCCUCCGCUGGGAUCCCCUCCAUUGUGUUUCUCCCGGCGAACAGAAUCUCCAUUGCUCAGCUGGUUCAGCCAAUUGCCAAUGGGGCAUUUGUUCUCAGCAUCGACACCGAUUUCGACGGCUGUAUGCAUCUGAUUCGCGAGGUGACGGCAGAGCUUCCGAUUUACCUCGCGAAUUCGCUGAAUAGUUUGAGGCUUGAAGGGCAGAAAACUGCUGCAAUUGAGAUUUUGCAGCAGUUUGAUUGGCAGGUUCCUGAUUGGGUGAUUAUCCCUGGUGGGAACCUUGGGAAUAUCUAUGCUUUUUACAAAGGGUUUCAAAUGUGUAAAGAGCUUGGGCUUGUGGAUAAAAUUCCAAGGCUUGUUUGUGCUCAGGCUGCAAAUGCAAACCCUUUGUAUACCUACUUUAAGUCAGGGUGGAAGGAGUUUCAGCCGAUGACGGCGAAGACUACUUUUGCUUCUGCUAUUCAGAUUGGUGACCCUGUUUCAAUUGACAGGGCUGUGCUUGCAUUGAAGAAUUCUAAUGGGAUUGUUGAGGAAGCUACUGAGGAGGAGUUGAUGGAUGCUAUGGCUCAAGCUGAUUCCACUGGCAUGUUUGCUUGUCCUCAUACUGGGGUUGCUUUGGCUGCAUUGUUUAAGCUGAGGAACUCUGGGGUUAUCAAGCCUACUGAUAGGACUGUUGUGGUGAGCACUGCUCAUGGGUUGAAGUUCACUCAGUCUAAGAUUGAUUACCAUUCUGGGCAUAUUAAGGACAUGGCUUGCCAGUUUGCGAAUCCGCCGCUGCAAGUGAAGGCUGACUUUGGGUCUGUUAUGGAUGUUUUGAAGAAGUAUUUGAAGAGCAAGGCUCCAAAGAAUCAUUAGGUUAGCAAGAGUUCCAAGCUUUGCUAUUUGCUCUGCUUGUUUGCUGUUUUUAGGCACUGUAGUGUUGUCUUUUGUAUUAGCUUUAAGUCUUUUUGGGAUGAUUUACUGGCAUUCUGUAUGCUGCUCCACAUUGGAGCAUGCUAACUGGAUUUUGUUGUAGAUUAUCUUUGUUGAGCAUGCAAUAGCUCCCCUAGAAUUGAAUUUGAUAAGAUGAGGAAUGCUCCUCAUUGGCUUGUUA